GCAGCAGCUUCAGCAGUACUGGAGGCUCCAAGACACUGCAUCUCAUCUGCCCUGUGGUCUCUGGAGGCGCACUCCAAAGAUGUCCUGGAGACAAGCCAUCCUCCUGUCGUCUCUCUUGGCCAUGGUGCUCCUGUGUAUGCUUCAAGAGGGGACCUGUGCCUCUGUGGGCAGCAGCCAGGCAGUCGGAGAAGAGGCGCAGGAGGGUAUGAAACAGAAGAUUUUCAUGCCAGAGUCUGAUGCCUCGAAUUUCCUCAAGAGGCGUGGCAAGCGGUCUCCCAAGUCCCAAGAUGAAGUCAAUGUGGAAAACAGACAGAAGCUGAGGAAUGACGAGCUGCGGAGAGAGUACUAUGAGGAACAAAGGAACGAGUUUGAGAACUUCGUGGAGGAACAAAGAGAUGAGCAGGAAGAGAGGACCAGGGAGGCGGUGGAGCAGUGGCGGCAGUGGCAUUAUGACGGCCUAUACCCUCCCUACCUCUACAACCGCCAUCACAUCUGACCUCGAUCUGAAGCAACUGAGGAAGACAGGCAUGGCACCCGCCACCCAUCUCCCCCCCACCUCCCGCCCACCUGCCUCUCUCCCACAGACAGGCCCACAAGGUGAAGUUCAGGGGUUGCCCAGGCCAACAGCUCCGGGGAUGCACACCCUUUAUUCUGAUGUCUUACAAUACCUGGCUUUUGUUUCUUUGUGGAUUUUUUUUUUUUUGAGGUGAACAACCACCUAUGUUUUCUCCCAUCAUCACAUCGACGUGCUGUCCCCUUGUUUAGCCACUGGAAACAGGAUUAGA